ACCAAACAAUGUCCUGUAAAAACUGCAAGGGGAAAGCGGUUAUUCCUUUAACGUUUGAACUGUUACAAGUGGUUGAACAUCUGUCUUAACAAUUCUUGGUUCGUUGAUAGAAUGACUGUUCAUUGGGAACAUAAAUAUCUGAUCACUGAUGCCCCCUAACGACCAUUUGGGGUAGUACAAGUAUCAGCUUGCAUUCUGAUCUAUUAAUAACCAGUGCUAAAGUUGUUAAGUAACAAACGUGUGACUUGUGUCCACGAAGGAACCUUUCAUUUUCACUCGUGAUCUUUAACAUCACAGGUUUAAGUCAUGAGAUGAUUUACGGUACUCGGGCGCCUGUGACUCCCACCAUUUCCAGCAGAGGGUGAGUAGAUUAGAUUAGUGGGCUUCCCUGGACACUAACUACCCGCUGCUUCGGCAAGACUCCGUUGCUUCACGCUGUUUGACGAUUGUGCUGGAAAUGGCAUGAAACUUGUUUAUACACAACUUCACACAACUCGCCUCCAAGCUCCUGGUCAACUUUUAACAGCAGCGCCAUUGAGUCCAUUCUUUGCUACGGCGCCACCGUGUGGUGCACCAGCUGCACGACAGAGAACCGUGGGGACCUUUUUAGUCAAAACAGCCCAGAGGAUCACAGGGACCAAAGCUCCCGACUCUGGACACAAGUCUGUUUGUUCCCCUGCCAUCGGGGGAAAGGUUCGCAACAAUACAAACACGCACAAAUAAACUGAGCCAGAGCUUCUCCUCCAGAGCUUUAGCCUCUAUCAGCCGUCUCCCGUCCGGAGUUUGACUCCAUCCCCCUGCGGCCGGUAUGACGGAUAAGCGGUUUGAAGAUGGAUGGAUUGUUUAUUGUACCGUGUUUAUGGUUGUUUGCUGCUACUGGCUGACGUACAGCUACCAAACUAAAUGUUGUUGACAACGACAGUAAAAAAACAAAACGUAACCUUUAACUCUGUGACGGGGCCCCCUUCAAGGUGUCAUGUCAAAGGACACAUUUCCUUUCACCCCCACCUCCCUGCGCUCCCUGAGACUGGAGCGGGAGCUUCAGGAUUGGGAAGACGCCCGGCGAGCGUUGGCUCACAGGAGAGCGAUGACCAGGGACCCGCUGCCCCGAGCGCCCAGGCCUCCUCCCAGGCAGCAGCGGCUCCAGCAGGUCCGGGCCCCUGCCCCCCAGGCCCGUUGCAGAGACACGGCGGUCCACAACACCUUCAUGUGCGGGGACAUGAAAGGAGUGUACGCGGUGCUGAAGGACCCCGCCAUGGUCAACGCCCUGAUGGAGACGGCGCAGGAGGAGAUGGCGUGGGCCCCGGAGAUGGGUAUUAUGAGCUCCAGGUCCUCGCACCAUCUCACACGACACCCGACACACUCCUGGGAGCCCCUUUUCUGUCCGCAGGCAUGUGGACGCUGAGCUCCAAGAUGAAGCAGACUUCGGCGUUGCGCCUGGCGGCCUGCGGAGGACGCGCGGGGAUCGUGGAGGAGCUGCUGUUUCGCGGGGCCGAGGUGAACACCGACCCCGGGGGAAACACGGCCCUGCACGACGCCUGCGCGGGCGGCCACGACGCCUGCGUCCAGCUGCUGCUUUCUCACGGGGCCGACCCCGAGGUGCUGGCAGCGGACGGCAGCGCCCCUCUCCACCUCUGCACCUCCGCCCAGUCGUUCCAGUGUGCCGCGUUGCUGGUAGACGCAGGCGCCGACGUCAGCGUGAGGAUGAGGGAGUCGAGGCUCACGCCUCUGCACGCGGCGGCCCGCCGGGGCCUGGAGGAGCACGUGGCGCUCUUCCUCGCCCAUGGAGCAGACGUGGCGGCCACAAAUCAAGAGGGAGAGACCCCUCUGAACGCGGCGUGCUCCGCCGCCGAGAGGCCUUCCGAGGCCGGCCGCUACCUGCGCGUGGUCCAGAGGCUGCUGAGCGCGGGAGCCGACCCCAGAACUGCGGGCAGGAAGCAGCACACCCCUCUGCACAACGCCUGCGCAAACUGCAGCCCCCGGAUCGUGGAGGUCCUGCUGCAGCACGGAGCCGAGGCACGUGUUGCCAACUGCGCGGGAUACACGCCGAUGGACUGUCUGAUACAGGUGGUGGAAGAUUACCCCGGCCAGCAGCCGGAAGCAGUAGCACGGUCACUUCUGAACCAUGGAGCUGAGCCUGUUGCACCAAAGAUGCUGCAGCUGUGCGUCCUCUCUCCUGCCACCCUGGAGGUGAUGCUGAACUCCUACACGUCCAUCCCUGCCUGCGAGUGGAUGGACUCUCUCCCCGCCGAGAUCCGCGAGGAGCACCGGCCUUUCUUCGACUUGGUGCGUCGGCGGAGCGCCGGGCCUCGCUCCCUGCAGCAUCUCUGCCGCUGCGCCGUACGCCUGCGCCUCGGAGGCCGAUGUUUCCCGGCGGUCCGUGAACUCGACGUCCCCCGGUCCACGAGGGAUUACCUGCUGCUGAGAAACGACGGGACUCUCCUGUGACGUCACACUGCGGGGAAGACUUCUGCUCUGCUGGAAACUUUUGUUUAUUUUUGAUGAAACUGACACUGGUUUUGUCAAGUGGAAAUAAAUUCAGAGGAUCUUUAUGAAAUUAUCCAUUAAUACAACUUAUGAUAUGAUUUAUUUACUUUAAGUUUUUUAUUUUAUUGUUUUGCAAGGUUAACCCUAAUUUCAGAAACAUUGCAUACAAACAAAUCAAGGAGCAGUCAAAAAUAAUCAUACAGGACGUUAUUCAUAGUGAAAAAUGAUACUACAGCAAUUACUCCAACUACCAUCAAUAUAUGCUACUUUAGUUAGAUUUAAAGAAGAAUAUUGUACUUUUUUGCUGCACUAUAUUUAUUUUACAGCAAUAGUAACUUUUUACAUACCCGAUUAAGAUUUGAAAUACAAUAACAAAAUUUGUACAAUGUUCCGAUUAAAUAAUAUAGAAUGAAUAAUACAAUUAAAUUAAAUUGCUGCUUACACAUUAAGAAAAAUCCAAUGUUAUAUGAUAAUAACAAUAAUAACACUUGCAUGGGCCAAUCUGUCAUACAGAGUUGACUAAUUCAUUCUUAGUCACAUUGUUUCUCUGACUUUAUCAAAAUACGUGACUACUUUUUCAGACACUGUUCAAAAUGGGGUUAAAGGUCAUUCACAGACUUAAUGUACAGAAUGUAUAACUGCUGUGUGCUGUGUUCAGAUAAUAAACACUUUCAAGUAUUCUGA